AUCUGCGCGCCGCACGUUGGCGUCUUGAAGCGAGGCCACGCGGUCGUGUCGUGUCGGCCACACUCAGCCCGCGUGCCGCCCACGUCGAGCGGAUGAGAGAAGCAUGUUUCCACACACACGCAACGUGUCUGCGCGCCCACAAGCCGACAAAGUGAGCGCAGGAGCCGACGUCACGCCGCACGUCGCAUUAGACCUCCGGCCUUUAUCGGCGGCCAGGUGGCAGGCUGAGGGACUCCCGGCCCGCCAACACAAGCACACUUCUACUUCUUACCGCUUGUCCUUCUCUUACUGCUCGUCCUGAGUACUCAACUGCCGACACAUCACAACCAUUAAAGUUCUGCUCAGCGACUUUGGUCAGGGAGAGGCAUCCGCACGAGGGACAACCAUGACGGGCGACUGUCUAAACUGCAUCAAGUACCUCAUGUUACUCUUCAACUCCAUCAUGGCUGUGGUGGGUGUUCUCUUUCUCGCCGCCAGCGUGUGGGUCUUAUUGGACACUUCAGGACUCAAACAUGUCAUUAUGAUCAACCCCCUGCUGAACCCCACCAUUUAUGGCUUCCUGAUCUUGGGGGGCGUGCUCUUCCUUCUGGGCAUCGUGGGAUGCACCGGGGCCGCCCGUGAAAACAAGUUUUUGCUCAUGGUUUCCUUCUCAAUCGUCCUCUUGAUUUUUGUGUUGGAACUGAUCUGUGCCAUCUUGCUCUACAAAAACCUCGGGAAACUCUACAAGGACUAUUUUGCAAAAGAACUUAAAGAAAACUAUGGACAGAAUAUGCUAUUUAGCAACGAGUGGGAUGACAUCAUGCGUGACUUCAAAUGCUGUGGAGUAACCCAGUACAAAGACUUUAAGGAGGAGGUGUGGCCACCAGUCUGCUGCCCGAACAAAAUUAAUAAGAAUUGCACAGACGAGGAGAUCUUCCAAAAGGGUUGUUACGAUGUACUCUUCCACCGCUACGACAAAUACAUCUAUUCAAUUGCAGGCUUCUCCGUGAUAAUACUGUGCACUGAGAUCUUCGCCAUGUUCCUGUCUCUGAUGCUCUACCAGUCCCUGCAGUAGAGGUUUGAGUUUGAGGCUCAGAAGAGCAGAAAAGGGAACUCUGGUGAAAAGCUGAUAAUGGACACGUGUAAUUUAAGGAUCGUAUUUAAAUAAUUGGUCGGGGGAAAGAAAACAUUCUUCAACUCUUGUACUUCACAGCUGGACUUUUGAGGUAACAAAGUACUCAGCCGCCCACACAAGGUGGGAGCUGCUACAGAUUGUGUGUUUAGUGGAAACAUGACGUUUGUGGACCAGGUCUGGCACAGACCGGGGUCGAGUAGACCGGACACGAGGACCAGAAGGCACUGACUUUUGGACGAAGACUAUUUAUUGUUGGCUGUUUCCCUUUCCCUUGAAUAUUGUAUAUUGUCACAUUCUCACAUGCAGUCUUUGUCUUCAUGUUCAUGCAGUCUUUGUCUUCAUGUUCAUGCAGUCUUUGUCUUCAUGUUCAUGCAGUCUGUCUUCAUGUUCAUGCAGUCUUUGUCUUCAUGUUCAUGCAGUCUUUGUCUUCAUGUUCAUGCAGUCUUUGUCUUCAUGUUCAUGCAGUCUUUGUCUUCAUGUUCAUGCAGUCUCUGUCUUCAUGUUCAUGCAGUCUCUGUCUUCAUGUUCAUGCGGUCUUUGUCUUCAUGUUCAUGCGGUCUCUGUCUUCAUGUUCAUGCGGUCUCUGUCUUCAUGUUCAUGCGGUCUCUGUCUUCAUGUUCAUGCAGUCUCUGUCUUCAUGUUCAUGCAGUCUCUGUCUUCAUGUUCAUGCAGUCUUUGUCUUCAUGUUCAUGCAGUCUUUGUCUUCAUGUUCAUGCAGUCUUUGUCUUCAUGUUCAUGCGGUCUUUGUCUUCAUGUUCAUGCGGUCUUUGUCUUCAUGUUCAUGCAGUCUUUGUCUUCAUGUUCAUGCGGUCUUUGUCUUCAUGUUCAUGCGGUCUCUGUCUUCAUGUUCAUGCAGUCUCUGUCUUCAUGUUCAUGCGGUCUCUGUCUUCAUGUUCAUGCGGUCUCUGUCUUCAUGUUCAUGCGGUCUUUGUCUUCAUGUUCAUGCGGUCUUUGUCUUCAUGUUCAUGCGGUCUUUGUCUUCAUGUUCAUGCAGUCUUUGUCUUCAUGUUCAUGCAGUCUUUGUCUUCAUGUUCAUGCAGUCUCUGUCUUCAUGUUCAUGCGGUCUCUGUCUUCAUGUUCAUGCGGUCUCUGUCUUCAUGUUCAUGCGGUCUUUGUCUUCAUGUUCAUGCGGUCUUUGUCUUCAUGUUCAUGCAGUCUUUGUCUUCAUGUUCAUGCAGUCUUUGUCUUCAUGUUCAUGCAGUCUUUGUCUUCAUGUUCAUGCGGUCUUUGUCUUCAUGUUCAUGCGGUCUUUGUCUUCAUGUUCAUGCAGUCUUUGUCUUCAUGUUCAUGCAGUCUCUGUCUUCAUGUUCAUGCAGUCUCUGUCUUCAUGUUCAUGCGGUCUCUGUCUUCAUGUUCAUGCGGUCUCUGUCUUCAUGUUCAUGCGGUCUCUGUCUUCAUGUUCAUGCAGUCUUUGUCUUCAUGUUCAUGCAGUCUUUGUCUUCAUGUUCAUGCGGUCUUUGUCUUCAUGUUCAUGCAGUCUUUGUCUUCAUGUUCAUGCAGUCUUUGUCUUCAUGUUCAUGCAGUCUCUGUCUUCAUGUUCAUGCAGUCUCUGUCUUCAAGUUCAUGCAGUCUCUGUCUUCAUGUUCAUGCGGUCUCUGUCUUCAUGUUCAUGCAGUCUUUGUCUUCAUGUUCAUGCAGUCUUUGUCUUCAUGUUCAUGCAGUCUUUGUCUUCAUGUUCAUGCAGUCUUUGUCUUCAUGUUCAUGCAGUCUCUGCCUUCAUGUUCAUGCAGUCUUUGUCUUCAUGUUCAUGCAGUCUCUGCCUUCAUGUUCAUGCAGUCUUUGUCUUCAUGUUCAUGCAGUCUCUGCCUUCAUGUUCAUGCAGUCUUUGUCUUCAUGUCACCUUGACAGCCGCCCACAGACCAGCCGCAGCUUGAAAGGCCACUCAGUUGUAUUUUGUAUUUGUUGUAUUUUUUGCUAUGGUGACGUUCACUGCAGUACGCUAUCGUGACUUGGUGGGAUUUUAGCUGUUGAAAUGUUUUUGUGUAUGCAUUUGUAUCAGAUCUUGUAAAUAAACGGUAUUCGGAA